AUGUCUUCAUUCCUGCAUUCAUUUUCUACAUUUGAUGUCUUCAUUCCAGCAUUCAUUAUUCCAUUUGGUGUCUUCAUUCCUGCAUUCAUUAUUCCACAUUUGAUGUCUUCAUUCAGCAUUAAUUAUUCUUUAUUUUUCUUCAUUUGCAUUCAUUAUUCCACAUGUGGUGUCUUCAUUCCUGCAUUCAUUAUUCUACAUUUGAUGUCUUUCAUUUCUCCAUUCAUUAUUCCACAUUUUUUCAUUCCUGCAUUCAUUAUUCUACAUUUGAUCAUUAAUUAUUCUUUAUUUUCUUCAUUUUUCAUUAUUUCUUUAUUCUUCAUUCAUUAUUCCACAUUUUGGUGUCUUUUCCUGCAUUCAUUAUUUUUUUAUUUGAUGUCUUCAUUUUGCAUUCAUUAUUCUACAUUUGAUGUCUUCAUUCCUCUUUUCCACAUUUGGUGUCUUCAUUCCUGCAUUCAUUAUUCUCAUUUUGUCUUCAUUCCUCAUUUUAUUAAAUUCCUGCAUUCAUUAUUCUUUUUGUCUUCAUUUUCAUUAUUCAUUCCACAUUUAGCGUCUUCAUUCCUGCAUUCAUUAUUUUCAUUUCAUGUCUUCAUUCCAGCAUUAAUUAUUCUUUAUUUGAUGUCUUCAUUCCUGCAUUCAUUAUUCCACAUUUGCGUCUUCAUUCCUUCAUUCAUUAUUCUACAUUUUUCUUCAUUCUGCAUUCAUUAUUCCACAUUUGGUGUCUUCAUUUCUGCAUUCAUUUAUUCUACAUUUUUUCUUCAUUCCCAUUAA